AUGGAAGAUGAAGCGGGCGGAAAGAUGGAUCUGGAAAUGCUGAAAGAGAAAGAUCCUGAAUUUUACAAGUUCCUUCAGGAGAACGAUAAAGCAUUACUGGAAUUUGAUGAAAACGAGCAAGACUCCGAAGAAGAUGGGUCAAGUGAUAAUGGCCCAGCCUCAGACGCCGGACCUGAAGAUGCAGAUGAAGAUGGAGAUGACGAUGAUGAUUUAACAGCAUCCAAAAAAGCCAAAACGGUCGUACUGACGAAGGAGUUGCUCAGAACUUGGCAAAAAGCUAUACUCGAGACCCGAUCGAUGCGGGCUUUGCGCAAGCUCUUACUCGCCUUCAAGUCUGCGGCCUUCAGCUCGAGCAGCAACUCCACUGAUCUUCCAUUCUCAAUCGAGUCAUCCUCAGUUUUCAAUGCCCUGAUCACCACUACACUGAGAUAUUUACCGGUGUUCCUGAACCAGAGUCUUCCCGCAAGAGAGCUCCCGAGUGGAAAAUUUAAAAUCGCCAACAAUUCGAAGAUGUAUGCGUCGAUGCAGCGAAUACUCAAGUCAUACUUCACCUCGCUUACCGAGUUGGUCGCCCAAGUUCCAUCGCAGCAAAAGGGGGAUUCAGGACAGGAUAGCAUGCUACGUACUGCCACACUACUCGAGCUGUGGUCUUCAUCGUCAGACCAAGUCCGUGUUGCUGCUAUACUUUCGCUCAGAAGGAUUGCGGUCGCGGCGGACAGCACGACAAUGGAGUCCAUCAUGAAGGGCGUCUAUACUGCCUUAAUUAGGAGCGCGAAGAGCACCACCGUGUUCACGUUACCGCUGAUCAACUUGAUGAAGAACUCCGCUUCGGGACUAUAUCUCAUCAACCCGGAGAUCUCUUACCCCAUCGAAGGAUUCCAAGCCGUCUAUAACUGGCAGUACAUCCACAGCUUAGAUUUUUGGUCUCUUGUCCUCUCUUCGGCCUGUGAAAAGAACACAAACAGUUCAAGAUCUGAGCCUAGUGCCCUGCAGCCCCUUAUUUAUCCUCUCGUCCAGAUUGCAAUCGGAGUGAUCAAGUUGAUUCCUACUUCGCGUUAUUAUCCUCUGCGGUUUCAUUGUCUCCGACUAUUAUUACGACUCAUCCAACGAACUGGAACAUUCAUACCUCUGACGCCAUUCCUUUUGGACAUGAUCGACUCGCCACUUUUCAAGCGACAUCCGACUCCGACGAAUCUGAAAGCGCUUGACUGGGAAUACCUACUUCGAUGUCCGAAAUCGCACGAGAACAGCCGAGUGUAUGCGGAUGGAGUGGCAGAAGAAGUGACGUACCUGUUGUUGGAGUAUCAUGGAUGCAUGAGCAAAUCGAUCGGCUUCCCCGAACUGGUCUUACCCGCACUCACCAGUCUGAAGAAGUUCUCAAAACAAUUCCACAAGCAUCAAAAGCUCGUCUCCCAUAUCAAGACCCUCGUCGAGAAACUCGAGGCCAAUAAGACUUUCAUUGAAUCUAAACGUUCCCAUCUUGGCUUCGGCCCCAAGGACCGUGCUCGAUCUCUCGCUUUCUUAGACACCCUGGAGUCCGAGAAAACUCCCCUCGGAGCUCAUCUUCGACUGCAGUCUAAAAUCAGAGAACAGAAACGUGCCGCCCUCGAUCGUUCGGCUCAUAGAGAUAUCCAGGUCGACGACGAUUAA